UUCCGAGUGCCAAGAUCUGGGGUAAAGUUACCUCGGUGUUUUGCGUGCUCGGCUUAAAUUUUGAGUUAUUAAUCCAAUUCCCCCCAUCUCCACACAGACAUCAUAAUGCUUAAGCCAUCCUGCUAUUGUACAUCCCCAGCCAACCAUAGUCCCGAUGGGUAACGUAUUUAGAUAGAUGAAUUCCCCUUACUUUCCUUCACCGUACUUUGAUACCCACGUACUAUUUUCCUUCGAUAAGCUUAAAUACCUCCAAAUAACCGUAUUUCACGUCUUCUUGUUCCACACAAUUAGUAACGCGCCGACCUAUUGGUAACAUACACAAAAGAAAACAUGCCUACAGAAUCAACAUACCCACAAAUAGAUAUCCCCAAGGUGGAUAUUUGGGAGUUUCUUUUCGAACGGAAAGAUAGAGAAUUUCCAGAUGAUAAAGGUACCAAUUACAUUUAGCAAUACUUUCUAUGAAGGAACCGUCGUUGGAGAUCAAUCACUGACCAUUGGCUUCCCAGCAAUUUACACGGAUGCUGAGACUUCACGGUCAUAUACCUACAAGCAAGUGCGAGAUACUGCGAUCGCAUUUGGAACGGGAUUAAAAGCUGUCUGGGAAUGGAAGAAAGGCGAUGUUCUUGCGCUUUACACGCCCAAUUCUAUCGACACUCCUGCUGUUAUUUGGGGAACGCAUUGGGCCGGUGGAAUAGUCUCUCCUGCCAAUCCUGGAUAUACUGUUGAUGAAUUGACCUUUCAAUUGAAAGACUCCAAUGCCAAGGGGAUUGUUACUCAGAAACCUUUCAUAGAGGUGGCGCAAGCAGCGGCUAAAAAUGCUGGCAUACCUGAUGAUAGGAUAAUUUUGGUGGGCGACGGAAGGGAUGAGACGCACAAGUUUAAGCACUUUACUAAUGUGCGCAAUUUGGCGGGUACGUCGAGAUAUAGAAGAACCAAGAACAAGCCAGAAGAUUUAGCAUUUUUGGUUUACAGCAGUGGAACCACUGGUCACCCGAAAGGAGUUAUGCUUUCGCAUAAGAACAUCGUUGCAAAUACUGAAAUGGCGAAUUCAACUGAGGGGCACAACUUGCAUUGGAACGGCGGUAAGGAUGGCAAAGGUGACAAGCUUAUGGCUGUUCUUCCCUUCUAUCACAUCUAUGUAAGUCACUUAUCACCGCAGAUUUGUGGAUCUGACUGACUGUCUCCAGGGCUUGACAUGCAUCAUCCAUUUCUCGCUCCAUGGAGGUCUCGAAUGCCUCGUAAUGGAGAAGUUUGAUUUGGAAAAGUUUUGUCAAACAAUACAGAAAUAUGGGGCGACAUUUGCUUAUGUGGUUCCUCCUAUUGUCCUCAUGCUUGGAAAGAGUCCUAUAGUUUCGAAGUACGAUUUGUCGACUGUUAGGAUGAUGAACUCAGGUGCGGCGCCAUUGACACGCGAACUCGUCAAUGCUGUAUAUGCCCGUCUCAAGAUACCUGUCAAGCAAGGUUAUGGCCUUAGCGAAACAAGUCCUACCACUCAUAGUCAACCCUGGGAGGAUUGGGAUAAACAUCCAGGUUCCGUCGGACGCUUGCUACCAAAUCUGGUCGCAAAAUAUAUGAACGCCGAAGAGAAGGAAGUUCCAGCAGGGGAGACUGGUGAACUUUGGGUCAAGGGACCUAAUGUUUUCCAGGGUUAUCUCAAUAAUCCAGAAGGCACCAAAAACGCUUUGACAGUUGAUGGAUAUUUCAAAACUGGUGAUGUCGGACAUCAGGAUAAAGACGGCAACUUUUACAUCACUGAUCGGAUCAAGGAAUUGAUUAAAUACAAGGGCUUCCAAGUACCACCAGCAGAGCUAGAAGGUCUAUUGGUUUCUCAUGAAGAUAUUGACGAUGUUGCAGUAAUUGGCAUUUACAAUGAAGAGCAAGCAACUGAAGUCCCACGAGCUUAUGUGGUUCCGAAGAAAGGAGUUGUAGGAGAUAAAGAAGAAGAAAAGAAGAUUAUGGCAUGGUUGCAAGCGAAAGUAGCGAGUCAUAAGAGGUUGAGGGGAGGAGUUAAGUUUGUAGAUGUUAUUCCGAAAAGUCCAAGUGGAAAAAUCUUGAGGAGACUUUUGAAAGAUCAGGCGAAGAAGGAUGACGAGAAAGCGAAGUUGUAGAUUUGGAGAGGGAAUGUAUAUACAUGUGGAUUUUAUGCAUGUCUUUGGAUAUAUAUUAUAGAUAGAUUUUGACAACAUAUUUAGUUCUUAUGACUCGAGUACCUGUCUGUAUUUGUGUUUUUCAUGUUUUGUUUUGAUUGAGAUGUCCCGAAAUCCCGAAAGCGGGAAUAUCGGCCGUGCGCCCGCUAGUUUACUCCAUAAUAUAACUUCAUCGACUUUCAAUUAAUGUUCUGUAACGCUUGCCGAUUGAAAUUGGUUGUUAUACUAAAAUUGUUAUUCGACAACAAACAUGGCAAUCAU